AUGGCCGAGUGGUCUAAGGCGCCAGACUUAAGUGAUAACACAUUGAGAGUUCUGGACAAAUUUGCCGCUGAAGAAUCAAGUAUCGAAUUGGUUUCGGGUAGGCAUCGACGAGAGUCAGCUGUAUGGGGUGAACCUGCACCGGACUACAGCGGUGUAGUACUAGAUGGAAUGACACGAUACGUGCACGCGUUACUUUUCGUUGAUUCUAAAAUCACAAGGCAUUACAACUUUGAUAUGCCGAACAUCAAAAAAGAAGUCUUGAAAAUGAUCAAAGAGGCGAACGAUUACUUCUAUCAAAUCAACCUUCGAGUUAUUGUGGUCGAUGUACUGCAAACACAACGUAGCGAUCUCAGUUUAUAUUCGUUCGAAGAUUACCGGAACACGAGGAUGGACCGACUGCCUCGUCACGAUUUUGCUGCGCUUAUUUCCUAUCGUUAUGCGGGUGGUUUAGCGUUCGUCGGUGGAAUGUGUACAGCUAAAGCGGUUAUGUUAUGUGGUGUAGAACAUAACCUAUCAGUUGGCAACAAUGGGAAGCAGAGCAGAGCAAAACUAACUGAAACAGUUCAGAGGGUGGAACAGAACAGAAAGUUUUAUCCACACCAUCCAACUGCGAUGGGCAGCAUAUUCUUCCACGAAGUAGCACAUUUGAUUGGAGUACCACAUCGGAAUGCUAACGAAACAAUUGAUGUUCCGAAUUGUCACUGCAAUCAAAUGCAUCCCAAUGAGAAACCAUCCGGACCGGCAGGCUGUUUAAAAAUUCCUGGCUAUGAUCAUGACUGCACACUGCAACAGAUGGCCAAUUUAUUAUAUAAGAAUCGAUGCCUGAGGUCAAGAAAAUCGUCGAUAUUCGAUCAAAUUUUAGUCGAAAAGUCGCUUCCAAUUUGCGGCAACGGCGUCAAGGAGCAGGAUGAAGAAUGCGAUUGCGGCAUUGAAAGAUAUUGCUUCAAUCUGAAUUGUAGAUCCGAAACAUGCACUCAAAUCGUUAAAACAUGGCAAAUGUACUUGGGACUAAUUGUAAUCUCGGCAUUGUUGUUCACAACGAUAACAGUUUACAUCUAUUAUCGUUUUAUUCAAUCGUGUUCUACAUCGAUCCCUUCGAUGCACUUACCCAAACGAUCCUGUCCGAAAUUUGUUUCGGAACUGCCACAUUCCAAGUACAUUCGUUGCCUAAGGAAAUUGCUUCCUUGUUGCUCUCAUCGUAACUAUCCGAACUACACGAAUUCAAUGCGUCGAGCUGGCAAUUCACUCAGUUCCUCACAUUUGAUUGCGCAGAAAAGCAAGUUAGAUGCGAACAGUAUCGUCGUUCUAAUCGAUCCGUGUGAUAGCGAGCGACUCGUUCGAAAGCCUACAUUCUCCAGACCCAAGAAUCCACCGCCACCACCACCGAUUGGCAAAUUGAAAAGUGCUCCUGCAACGCCAACCACAGAAUCCGCUAAAGUGGAAGCGACAUCCAAAUCGAACGAUACAAGACUCACCAAGAAACCGCCGCCUCCUCCAUUACCCUCAAAACCUCCAAAGUCUUUGUCGUCAAUAAUUGCUGACGCAAAUCCUGACCAAGACGUUUACGAGGUUCCAAAUAGUGUUCGAAUGAGAACAUCGCUCUCAAACGAACCACUCGAACUGUCCAGUAUAAGGCACACGCAAGUGUCGACGACGAAUUAUGACAGUAUAUCGCGUAAAUUCGACGAUUUCGAUGAAGAAUCAGAUGGCGAUUAUGACGAUAGGGCUGAAGCUGAUCAGACAAAUGCUAUACAAUACACAAAAAUAUUGAGUAGAAACGAACGGCUCAACCCGAACAGCGAUCAGCAGCAUCAAACUCAACAAGAAAGAACUGGUGCGAACGUAUCACAAGAACCAGCACGUGAGUUUGCACGUGUGAAACGGGAAGAAUCGUUUUCGUCGAAUGAUUCGUCUGAACUGCGACAAUGCGUUUCUGACGAUACCGGUAGCACUGGUCUGAGUGAAGAAGACGAUCGGCCGAAUAGUAUCAGCCAAGUUGUGAAACGAUUUAACCAAACCAAUUCGAAUGCUUAG